AUGGCCGAUUACGACUACUCUCCAUUGGCGCCAUCCCACAUCCGAUUGAUCAAGGUGACUAUCGACAGCGAAGAUGAGCUUCAGACCAGCAUCGAACACACCAACCUCGAUCCCGAAGACCCCAUCACCUACUCAACCCUAUCUUACGUCUGGGGAGACACCUCCAACACCGUCCAAUUACCUUGUGGUGGCAAGACUAUCAGGAUCACCACGACGCUAAAUGAGGCCCUACGACAAGUCGCCAAAUUUAACCCCAACAAACUACUCUGGGUUGAUCAGAUUUGUAUCAACCAGCAUAAUCUUCCUGAGCGCUCAGAGCAGGUUAAACUUAUGAACACAAUCUAUGAAAAGGCAGAGACAGUCAUCGCGUGGUUGGGGCCAGCGACUCCCUCGACCCCAAAAGCCAUCGACAUGAUUUCGCGGGUUUCUGCUGUGGCCAUGCCCACAUUGACAGACAUGUUCCGCAUAGAGGAGUAUCCCGAUGACUGGGAAGGCCUUGAAAAGUACGAGGAGAUCUCCGUAGAAGAGUCUCAGAGGCUGGGGGUUUCGUUCAACGACGAGGAGGCAUGGGGCGCCUUUGCCGAUUUCUUCGAUAGGCCAUGGUUCCAACGCAUCUGGAUCGUCCAGGAGAUUCUGCCAGCUCGCAAAGCUAUCAUGCUUUGUGGUGCGCAGAGCGUCGAGUGGAAACUCCUACAGGCUGCGGCGCGUUGGUACCAUUACAAGGCCGCUGCCAUAUCUAGUCGACAUCGACGCAGCGUCAAUGGCGUUGAUCUUACAGUCGCCAUGAAUUUGCCAUGGGUUUCUCGCUACGGCUCCGAGUUCCUCCCGGAACUCCUCGGUCAAAAGACACGGGCGGUCUUCAAAUGGCCUCUUCGGCGACUACUCGAACAGUUUCGGCCGCGUCUGGCGACUGAAGCAAAGGACAAGGUCUACGCUCUCCUUGGUGUCAGUGACUUAGGAAUCAGUUACUCUUCGGACAUUGUCAAUUUUACAGUCGACUAUUCUCAGGAACUGAAAGAGGUGUUUGCCCUUGUCACGAAAGCCAUGAUAUGUAACGGCGAUGUGGGACAGGAUGACCUAGACGUCAUAAUGACAGCGCGCCGUCACAACAAUGAGCCAGGAUGGCCGACUUGGGUGCCAGACUGGAGGAUGGAGAAUGGGUACGGAUGUGAAUGGGGUGUCGGCCAUCCUCUUCCAGCCAGCCAGGAUACUAACUGGAGCCAUCAAAACGGCCGGCAUCAGGUUUUUGACACCGGAAGCCCUUACACUCUUGGUGUCGAAGGUGUCAUCUUGGGGCGAGCAACUUACGUCAGUCAGCAUCACCACCUAACGCCAAUGCUUCUGGAAGGGGGACUCUUCGAGUGUCAUAAGGCGUGUAUUUCUACACUCAUGUCUUACCCUACAGGUGAGAAUGUGGAAGAAGCCUUCGCUCUCACUGUGAUGGCUGGAAAACUUCCUGACGACAUUACCAAAAACAACAUGAGUCUUGAGACUUACGCGAAGAACCACCUCGAGUGGGCCAGGAUCAUCCUCUUGCCCCAAGACACCGAAGAACAACGCGAGACCCGCCGGCAGGAAUCGAAGGAGCUCUUCAAGCUUGGAUUCAAAAACGGGUGGAUGCAAAGACUCCUCGAGGCCUAUUGCGAGCGGCGGUUUUACAUGACUGACACGGGAUACAUGGGACUCGGGAACCACAACAUGAAGAACGGGGACAUUAUUGCUGUUCUAUUCGGGCUGAAGGUCCCUUGUGUGCUGCGACCUCGGGGCGAUAAUCCCAAUGAUGGCUAUGAGUUUAUAGGCGAGGCUUAUUGUCAUGGGAUGAUGAGCGGAGAGGUGCUUGAAACCCUGGAGAGAAGCGAAGCGGGAGUUAUUUCUGGAGGCCAGCGGUUCGUUUUGUAUUAA